AUGAUUGACCGUCUGACGGGAUGGCUGAAACGUCGCUCCGAGAACAGCCAAGUGACCUAUUCUCGUUUCGGACUUCCCGGUGAUGAGGUAGACGAGAGAGCUCCGCCCACGCAGAUCCACGUGGCACACUUUGACGACGAUGCUCCGGAAUUCCGCGCCUUCUUCACGCAUUCGACACGAGCGGCGGCGGUGGCGGCUGGAUUUGGACUGUCGUGUUCGGUAUUCUCAUUUGUCAUGUUCCUGUUCGAAUUCCGAUGGGAGGCGCACGGCGGUGGAGCCGAUUUUGGGACGUUGAUUGGCUCUCUUCUGUUCCUUAUCAUUGGAACUGUGGUCCAUUGGCAAGUAUUGAUUGGAAUCAGAAAGGAAUCGGCGAUGAAUCUGAUUCCAGCCAUCAUGGUCUACUCGUUUCUUAUCAUCGUUGAGCUGGUGAUCUACAUUCUGGCGGCGAAUCACAUCGUUAACUCGUCAUUAUUAUUCACAUAUCCACCUGACAAGAAUACGCCGACAUUCCUGACACUAUCAGUAUUCUAUUUGACAGUGAUGGGGGUCCAGGCGGCAAUGCUCCUAUCGAUUUGUAAGAAACGCCAAAAUCCGCAAAUGCAAAUUGUAUAUGUAAAGCCGACGGAAGUGAUCGCCCCAAUGACGUCAGACGCUGAAGCUACAGUACUCACAUCACCACCGCCACGUGUCAUCUUGGCGGCGAACGAUGAGAUUGCUUGA